AACGGGGCACAACUUAUUUCAGCCAGAGCAUGCCAUGGACAUGGGUUGAGGAUAUUUCUUCCUAAAAGUUUGUUGGUUAAAUGCUAUAAACUUAUUGCUUAAUUAUAAAGAGUUGAAGUUUUCUUCUUUUUAAAAAGGUGUGACUGUGGCCUGACCCCCGUUACAGAAGAUUCUGAACUUCAGCCGUUCCACCAUCUUCACAAGGAAGCACUGGCAGUGGGAGCUCAUCACCAAAAAUAAGCUCCACUCCUUUGGAGAGAGACAGAGCAGAAGCGAGUGCAGGGCACAGGAAAAGAUCAUUUCUGAAGCACAGAAUGGCAAUUUUCGCUGGUUUCGGUCCACUUGAAGCCUUCAUUGGGGCAGAAGAGGGAGUGGCUCUGAUGGCUCUCAAUGGCAAAUACUGGAGCUCGAUCCACCGGAAUGGAAUAUAUCCUAUUGAGUGCUGGAAGGACUCAAAAGACAAUUUGUGCAAGUUCCGCAUAGAAAAGGUUGGACACCAUAAAGUUCGUAUGACAGAUAUGAGAGGGGUAUACCUCAGUCGAUUUCACAGAAGCGGGAUUGACUUUAUUGAGGCAGCUAAGAAUCCCCCUGACUUAUAUUGUGAAUUUGAAGUUUUCAGGAAAGGUGAGAACGUUUUGUUUAAAGCUGAGAAUGGUAGAUUUCUGACUCUCAUUACCCGUGGACACAUCGAAGUUGCCAAGGACGGGCCAGACCAGUUUUGUGAAUUUACCCCAAGUAUCGGAGACAUCGUCAGUCCUGAGUUUGAGAUCAUCUCUGUGGACUUCAAAAAUGUCUCUGCACUGAUCGAAAAACCAAUUGUGGUGAAGAAAGAAACCUACACAAACAGUAGUAGCGUGGAACAGAAGCACAAGUUUAAUAUGUCGUGGACGAAAACUGAGUCUGAAACAACCACUUGGAAUCACGCUUGGGGUUUGAGUUCCACUGUGUCUUUUGAUUGUGAAUUAAUAGGAGCAGCCAUCUCAGUCUCAUACUCAGGAUCGUACGGCACCAGCUCCACGAAACAGAAAUCCAUCACCUUGGGGGAAGAGACGGAGGUCACCAUCCCACCUCAUAAAACGAUAACUGUUAAAUUAGUAGUCAACAAGCAGGAAAACUGUCAGGUUCCUUUUACUGCUAAAAUUAAGAAGAUGAAGAGCAGUGGAGAGGUGCAGGAGCUCACUGAACAGGGCACAUGGAUGGGGGUGAUUUAUGAUAACGUGCAUUUUGAAGUUAAGGAGCAGUAAUCAGAUAUAACAGCAACAUUUCCCCUAAUUAACCUGGAGAAAUACACAUAACCAAGAGCGCAAUAGUCCCACUCCCGGUGGCUUCGGAAACGAUGUUUCUCCGACACUAGCAGACAUUGUAAGUGAACAUUGUCCUCUUGUGUCGGUUCCCUAUCCACGUGAAUCAGAGGAGUUUGCCUUUAUGUUUUGCGUAUGUUCUCCCUCCUCCUAUCUUGCCCUGUCCAAAUUCUGGCUCACUGGUGUUGAACAUGUCAGAGCAUAUACCUGCCAUUACCAGGGGAGUUUCUAGCAAUUGAAAAGAUCAACAGUCGAGUUUUCCUGGGGUUUGACUUUUUUCAAUAAUGACAUCGUGGUUAAAUACCCCGCCUAUAGCGCCAAAUGACGGCACCUAACGACGCCCCUGGCAGUUACCAGGGGCGUCUUGCUGACACUCCAUCAGAUCCCAUUGCUUUACCAGGGGAAACUUGCUGCAAUACUGGGUGCUUGGUUUUCAGGAAUUUGCAGCAACUUAACCCCACUGUACUGAACUUUUCAGGGAAAUUAAAACGCGUGACAGCCCUGCCUGGACUCCCAUUGGCCUUAAGCGCUCUGACCAGAAGUGUUUUCUCUUAACGUUUUGUCAUCAUAUUGACUUACUGCCUGGGAUGAGCUCACGAAUUGCACAAGAGUGGAGUGGAGCGCAGUGUUCUGUUGGCACCACUGGGGGGUAGCAGAGAGGCUUAAUGUAGUGUAUUAAAAGUACAGAAAAAAAUUUGAACCAUUUUAGGAGAGCAAGUUCACAAGUUUUCCUAAGACCUGAUUCUUUGGGGUGGUAUGUGGCUCAAUGCACUAUGGUUCUGUACCUGUGAUCUGAAGGUUGCUGGUUUGAGCCCAACCUCGGCACGUCUGCGGGUCCUUGAGCAAGGCCCUUAACCCCCAGCUCCCUGGAUGCCGCUACGGGUGGCUGCCCUUCACAGACAGCUUACUCUCAUCUACAGAGAACAAGUUGGGGGAGGUCGUGUUCUGCGUCGACCUUCGCUCCUCCACUCUGGAGGCCUCUGUGAUCUGGCUGCUCCUGCUGUCAGCGGCCAAAGUCCGGCGGGAGCGUAGAGGCAGGCGGCGUGAGCGAGGCGGCGGCCUUCAGUCUCUCCUCAGCGAGGAACAGCGACGUGUCUGUGCCCUCUUCCUCCUCCCUGCCUGUUGCGCCGCCUCGCCAUGCCGCCCGUGCUCCUGCUGACGCUCUCCCUCUCCCUCUCCCUCGGGACUGUCCUCGCCCAGGAGCCUGAGCCCGUUGUCGUGCAGCUGAACGAGACGCAGGGCGAAGACCCCGACACCGACUGGGGCCUGGACACCAUCCGGGGCAGCUUUGAGGCCGUCAAUGGCUACUUCGACUCUAUGCUGGAGCUACUGGGAGGCCGGGAUGGGGUGUGUCAGUACCGCUGUCGAUACGGCAAGGCUCCUCUUCCUCGCCCAGACUAUCAAACUCCCGAACCUAAUGGCUGCAGCUCCUACUUUCUAGGCCUCCCACUGCCUGAUGGGCUGGACUUAGGCAUCCCAGCCAUGACGCGCUGCUGCAAUCAGUUGGACCUGUGUUACGACACCUGCGGCUCCAACAAGUACCGCUGUGACUCCAAAUUCCGCUGGUGCCUGCACUCCAUCUGCUCUGACCUCAAGAAGAGCCUGGGCUUUGUGUCAAAGGUUGAAGCUUGUGAAACGGUCGCAGACACAUUGUUCAACACCGUGUGGACACUGGGCUGCAAACCCUUCAUGAACAGCCAGAGGGCAGCGUGUAUCUGCGUGGGCGAGGAGAAGGAUGAGCUGUGAGGGGAAGGGCGAGGUCCAGCAGGGGGCGCUGAAGUAGAGGGACGUCACCAAUCAUCAUGGGCUGUGACGCGAUGUAAUGACCUGCUCUGCUGACUCCAAGCCCACAGAAUAUUAUUAUUGCUUGUAUUAGUGAAGAAUCAUAUUAAAAGUUAUUAUAAGUUAUAAAGUGUAUAUAUAUAUAAAUAUUUUGUUCCAUUAGAGGUGCUGGUUUGACUCAAGCCUUUAUGAUGCGAUUGAACUCUUUAUUGUAUGAAAUGCGAUUCUUAAUGUU